GAUUUCUUCAUAAUACGCAAGGCAACGCUUGUAAGGACACAUUCAUCGAUUAUUCUCAACAGCCGCCGCCGCUGCAGUCACCGGAAACCUAGCCCUAAACCAAUAAUUUUCCUUUUUCCGCUUUGAGAAACUUAAUUCACAAUGCUUGGUUCUCCAGGUCACUCACCACGCCACCUCUCAUCCCCAUCUUCAUCUGCGUCUCCAAAUCCCCAAAAUGCUAUCCAAGUCUCUAACUCAUCCUCAAUCAGAACACCUGUAAACCCUAAGAAGCGCCCUAUAGUUCUGGACGAGGACACCUAUGUUGCAGCGAUCGAGAAAAUCAUCGAACGCGACUUCUUCCCGGACAUCUCGAAACUCCGUGACCGGCUUGAUUGGCUUGAAGCGGUAAAAACUGGCGACCCUAUUCAAAUACGAGAUGCCCAGUUGAAGAUCAUCGAGCGCCGUGGCAAAAGAGUGAAGAGUUCCAACCCUGAUUGGAGUACUCAGACUAGAAAUAGCACACAAACCCCAGGUUCUAUACCUAAUUUCACUCCCUUUGAUGAAUUCGAUAACAAAACGCCUAGUGCUGCAAAUAGGGAAUUUUCUGCUAAUAGAGAGUCUAGUGAACAUGAAGGUGCCGUUGAUGAUUCACUGAGUUUAGACGAUUUCUUUAGGAGAUACACAAGUGAGGAUAAUGAUAGUUUUUCAAAAAUAUUGGAGAAAGUGAAUAGGAAAAGAGAGGAGAGAUAUGGGCACUUGUUAGAAGGUGAAAAACAGGAUGCUAAAUUGAUUGAGGAUUCGAAGAGGGAUAGGAUUACAGAUGGUUAUGGGACAUCUGAUCAACCUCCGAGCACAUUGGAGGGUUGGAAAUACACAGCCAGGAAUUUGUUGAUGUAUCACCCCUCAGACAGGGGUGAGGCUCCUUUGACUGAAGAGGAACGUUCUGUUAGAUUGAAGGGUUUAACAAAAGAACUAAAUAGGUCAAACACACGGUUUCAUGGUAAAAUGUUGGAUUCUAGACCAAAAGAUGAUGGAACUGUUGAAGUGCUUUACACACCAGUUGUGGGGGCCACCCCUCUUCCUGCAUCGGACAGAGAUGGGGAUAAAGCAAAGAAGUAUGAUUUGGAGGAUUUGAGGAAGACACCAAACAAGUUUUACGUGGAAUCAGGGAAGAAGGCAGAAAAUGGAUAUAGUUUUGUCAGGACACCUUCACCAGCUCCGGGGGUUGAUGAAUCACCAUUUAUCACAUGGGGUGAGAUAGAAGGAACACCAUUGAGGUUGGAACCUGAAGACACUCCAAUUGAUAUUGGUGGUAGCGGUGAUGGGUCGCAUUUUAAAAUUCCAAAUCCACCUGCACGAGAUGUGAAGGCACAUUCAUUGUCGAGGGAGGCUGCCCGAAAGUUGAGGGAGAGGUCAAAGAUGUUUCAAAAACCACCAUUACCUUCUCCAGGAAGGGGGGGAAGUGCAAGUCCAAGUGUGCGUACACUUUCUCCUGCUGCACAGAAGUUUAUGAGGAAUGCAAUUUCUAAGUCUUCAUCUUCUGUUGAUGAAUCCCUUCGUGCUAGUUACAGAGGAGCAAGCCCUGGGGUUGGUACUCCAAAGAGUAGGAGUGUCUCGAGGUUUGGAAGAGAUGGAAGCAUGAGUUCAAGGUCACCAUCUGUAAGAGAGGAUUCUAAUCCUCCUUGGUAAAAAUGUAUAUUUCAUGGAUAUGGAGUUUCACAUUGGCAAGUAGUGGUUUUGUUAUAGCAUAAUUAACAAUCAAGUAAGCUUUUUGUUUCAAGGGUUAAUGUAUAAUUUAGUUGUGAUCCUUUUCCUCUGUUUA